AUGGAUAGUUGCACGGCAAUGUCUACUCCAAUGGGAUCCGGAUCUUAUGUUGAUCAAGAUGAAUCAGGUGUUUCGAUUGAAAUCACAAAGUAUCGAGGUAUGAUUGGUUCCUUACUCUAUUUGACGACAAGUCGUCCUGAUAUAAUGUUCAAUGUGUGUCUUUGUGCGUGUUUUCAAGCCAAUCCAAAGGAAUCGCAUCUCGCAACUAUUAAAAGGAUCAUGAAGUAUCUCAAAGGAACAAAAAAUGUCGGCUUAUGGUAUCCUAAAGGUAGUAUUUGCAAUUUAGUUGGUUAUCCUGACGCUGAUUAUGCAGGAAGUAAAAUUGAUCGAAAAAGCACUAGUGAUAUAUGUCAAUUUCUUGGAAAUGCAUUAGUAUCAUGA